CUCUUAUUCAGAGUGUGUGUGAGUGUGUAAGUGUGUGUCACACAAACACAAGCUCCUCUAGAUGUGUCGUUUCCUGUACACUGAAGCAGCAGAUCUGAGAGGGAAGGAAAGUGAGAGGCUCCUCAGUAGAACAGGAACAUUGGGACAGAGCGCCGGGUUCUUGCCUCAUCCAGGCCCACCAUGAAGUCCAGAUGGAUUGCCUUCUCCACAUUCCUGCAGGCCCAAGUCUUAUCUACAGAUGCCCAGAUAUUUGGACUGACGGACCCCAGGCUGUGUUAUAUCCUGGAUGGGCUCCUGUUCAUUUACGCCGUGAUCGUCACCGCUCUUUUCUUUAGAGAGAAGUUAUCUCAGAAAAUCCCAGAGCCAAUUGGAUACCGGGACAGUAAUUAUGCUGAGCUCAACCCCCGGGACCAAGGAAAAUACGAUGUCCUGAAUGUGAGGGGAGAAGAGAAGGCAACAAGGAGACAGAAACACCCAGAAGCUGAUUCAACUUAUACAGGUCUCCAGAGGGAUAAGAUGAGUGACCCCUACAGUGAUAUCAGAACAAAGCAGCCCCAGAAACGACAGGUGAAGAAAAACGACCCAGUGUACCAGGGAUUGAACUCGGGUUCUCGGGACACUUAUGACGCCCUCCACAUGCAACCGCUCCCCCCUCUGCCCUGAGCAGGACAACGGGUGAUGAAUACGACCCCUACGAGGAUUCCCCCCAAUCCCUGAAACCCCCACACUUAAUUGCUUCUCUAUUAUUGCCCUUUGAUUAAAGGGACAGCCCACCACCAGACAUACCUCCCAACAUUUUGGAAAUAAAAAGAGGGACAACAAUUUUUUUCACACGUAGCGCAGCGAAUUUUUUUUGACCACGCCCUUUCUGUGGCCACACCCCCUAAUUACCAUGUUCAUUUUACAAAAUUUGGCAGGUUAUGAAAGUUUGAAAAUAAUUCUCCUUAUCUAAACUGUUUUUUUGUGUCUCAAAAUUGUUACAAAGUAUCUUAUUUGCACCUGUUAGCUGUUCUGGGCUCUCUGCCAAAAGCCAAUUAAGUUAGAAACUUUGUUUCUUUUUCUGGCUGUUCAGUGCAGAGAAAUUUGGGACAUUGCAGUACAAAUGAGGGACUGCGGGUUUAGCUGUUAAAAGAGGGACUGUCCCUCUGAAAAAGGGACAGUUGGGAGGUAUGCAUCAAAUUCUGAGCCUAAACCACAUGGGUGUGACGGGUAAUCCCAUUGUUUUUCUUUUCUAUUUCCAUCUUCCUUGGUGACAAAGGCAGGAACUUCCAUUUACAGAAGAUACAUAUAUAUUCUAGAUCUAUUUUUGCAGGAGGCUAAAGACAAGUCGCUUCUUUGCACAAUCUAUUUCCUGUUUAGUCUCAGGGACAUCGCCUAAAAAACAAAAUAGUUUUGCCCAGCCUCCUGUAAUGCAGCACCAGUAAAUGCAUAUAGACAUGUACAUUGUUAUAUAAUUGAUUGCGGGCUUUGCUUAUUGGUUAGAUAGAGAACGGGUGCUUAGCAACAUGGAGGAUAUACAGGAUUUCUGAUAUCAAAUAUCCCAUAUAAAAUAUAACCUAUUUAUUCUGCCACUUCUCCAUGCAGACUAUGCUUUCUGCUCUGUAGGGUGUCAGAGGAGGUGGGACUUCUGUGCUUGGCUCUGAUUGGCAGACACACCCUUUUCUCACACAAGCUGUCAGUCUUGAGUCCCUCCCCCAGACACACAACAUUACAGAGCAGAAAGCACACUUUGCAUGGACAAGUGGCAGACGUCUCAGGAAGGUUCAUGGCAAGAUUGGGGGGUAUAUUUACACCAGGAAUCGGUGCUGCCAUUAGUUGGUGUAUUACUUACAGUGGGAGAGGGGCUUGUUAGCAUUCUCUUUGCCCACGAACAUUUAUAAUGUACUGUAUAUAUUUUAUAUAUCUGCUUGUAAAGGCUUUUCCGCUUUAGAAUCUAAGUUGAACUUUGCAGUUUCUAUAGAAUUUAGUUUGCAGAUAUAGAUCAAGGGGAUCAUUAUUUCCAUAAAUCUGAGUUUUGAUGGAAAAGUUAUCAGAAUAAGGUGACUGGGGUUAGAUUGGACAUAAAGAGAAGAUACUGGAGGGGGAUAUUUACAUAUUAACAGCUAUAGAGGAAAUAUUUCCUAACUUGGCCGGACAGAGCUAUCGAUAUUUGGAGUCCAAUGUUUCGUUCAUGUUUGAGGACGUUCCUCCCGGAUAUCAUAUCUGUCUCUGGUGGGUUAUGUUCUUCCUGGUCCAGAUCUCAAUCAUUACCAGCUUACUCUUGUCCUGGUCCAGAUCUCAUUCAUUACCAGCUUACUCUUGUCCUGGUCAAGAAACUUUUAAUUAAAGUACUUUAUUCUGACAGACUAAAAGGAGGGCUCUGGGGGGUUAUCAGACAGUGAUAUUGGCAGAGAAGGAAAGAAUUCUGUCCCAAAAGUCCUGGGAUGAAGGGGAAGGUGCCAAGGGGUGGCUAAAUGACUGAUUUGCCAGUUUGUUAUCGGAGACUGGUAUCUGUAUGUGUAUAGCAAUAAAAUAUUUGAAUAUA